UAUAAUGUAACCACAUUCUGUAUUCAGUGGAAGAUAAAAGCAUGUUAGAUAGCUGUAUAAGAUGACUGGUUUUGUUGAUAAUCAUUAUGUGACGAGCAGUAUUUGGACAAAGUACUAUCUACGCAAUUAGAAUGAUAAUGCGGCGUUAUAUUGAUGGAUUUUUAGAGAAAUCAUACCUAUGAAAGAGAUUGAAAUUUCUUACCUUGUAGUUAUCAAAACCUGUUAGGUGUUCUUCGGCUCAACUGUUGUUUCACACACAAAAGAUAAGUUAAAACUUGGUGCAACAUAACCACAAUUUCCGUACAACCACUAUCGAUCAGCUGUCAGUCUGUAUGCAACCACAAAUACAAACGUAGAUGCAAGAUGUAUAGUGAUCAUUUUUGCCGACUGAGUUUCUGUUUUACAACGAACGAAGGAACCACGAUGUACCCGUGUACUCCGUACUCCAAGAGAUUAUGUCAUAAAAAAGUCGUCAAGUAGGUUGGCUCUGCACUUCCGACGCAUCCCUGUUAUCAGUUAAAACAGAAGUAUUUACGGCACAAGUUAGCCCCUCCGAGAAAAAAGUUAGCUGCGAGCAUGUAUAAAAAGGAAAUUAAACGGACCAACUUAGUCAAACGUUGAGCUACCGUCCACUACGAAUUUUUUUGGCGCUGCGCCUGUCAGAUUUCAUUCUUUACGUCCCAGACGCCGACAGGGAGUUUGAUUUGAGAAAAUGGCGUCCUUAAGCUUUGUGGUGGCAUUACGUGCAGUGAUAUAAACAUUAAGUAAAUUUAGAUGUUAAUUUAAAUAUGUUUUAUUGAUGUAGGUGCAUAUUAGAAGUGUUAAAGUUUUUAGUGCUUCAAAGAUGACCGCAAAUAUGUAUCGCGUCGGAGAUUAUGUAUAUUUCGAGACGUCUUCAACGUCACCGUAUCAAAUUCGGCGCAUAGAAGAAUUAAACAAAACCCCAUCGGGUAACGUCGAAGCAAAGACAAUGUGUUUUUAUCGGAGACGAGACUUGCCAGGCCAGCUGAUCCAACUAGCUGACAAACACCAAUGUGCCUUAGAUGAAUCUAGUGGAAGUCCGAUUCCCGAAUCGGGUGGUAGAGAGCAGCUGAGCCCCAAACAGCGUCAUCAAAUGAAGCACAGAGAACUUUUCCUUUCACGACAGGUGGAAACUCUGCCUGCUACACACAUACGAGGCAAAUGUUCUGUAACACUUUUCAACGAAACCGAGGCUCUGGCUUCUUACCUGAACAGGGAUGACAUGUUUUUCUACUGUCUCGUAUUCGAUCCAACACAGAAGACGCUAUUGGCGGAUAAAGGUGAAAUUAGGGUAGGUAGCAGAUACCAAUGUGAUGUGCCAACGAUGGUGCGGGACCCGCUGUCACCCGAUGACAGGAACCUAGAUGAAUUAGAAACUCUUGUUUGGACACCAAACCAUAGUUUAACUGAUCGACAGAUUGAUCAGUUUUUAGUCGUGUCCAGAUCUGUGGGGACUUUUGCGAGGGCCCUUGACUGCAGCUCAAGCGUGAAGCAACCGUCGCUGCACAUGUCAGCGGCGGCUGCAAGUCGCGACGUCACGCUUUUCCACGCGAUGGAUACUCUCCACAGGCACAAUUACGAUUUAGCUGCUGCGUUGUGUUCUUUAGUACCUAGUAGUGGACCGGUUCUUUGUAGGGACGAGAUGGAGGAGUGGAGCGCCUCGGAAGCGAAUUUGUUCGAGGAGGCUCUUGACAAGUACGGCAAGGAUUUCAACGACAUCCGCCAGGACUUUCUGCCCUGGAAGACUUUAAAGAAUAUUAUAGAGUAUUAUUACAUGUGGAAGACGACCGAUAGAUAUGUCCAACAGAAACGGGUGAAAGCGGUCGAAGCUGAGGCGAAGCUGAAGCAAGUCUACAUUCCUAACUAUAACAAACCAAACCCGGCAGCACUGAAUAAUAAUAAGGGGGUUGUGAACGGAAGCAGUAAUGGUGGCGCAGAUGCCGGAGUAUCUUUGGGAGGAAAGGCUUGUGAAUCAUGUAAUGUUACUGUAUCCAAUCAGUGGUACGCGUGGGGUCCUUCACAUAUGCAGUGUCGACUUUGCCAAGCAUGCUGGCAAUAUUGGAAAAAAUAUGGCGGGCUGAAAAUACCGACUAGAUUCGGAGACGGUGAUUUUGAAAAUGGAGGCAAAAGUAAAAAGUCCGGCAGUGACAUUGAUGAGGACAGACUACCUGGAAUGCCACACCGACCUCACCGUUGCAACAUCGGCGGCUGCAACAAAGAAUUCAAGCUGAAGGCGCACCUGGGCAGGCACUAUGCGACGGCGCACGGAAUUGUGGUGCGUUCAGGUUCACCGAGACCGGUGAUGAAAACGCGGACAGCGUUCUACCUGUUCACGACACCGGCCACACGGGUGUCACGUCGUCUGUGCGGCCAUAUUAUGAGGCCCAGACACGCGGCCAGGGCGCCUUUCCAUCCUAUCAACGUGCAAGCUAUCAAGCAGGAGUGUAGCCUACAAAUGGUCGGUAAGACGUUAGCAGAACUGAAGCACCUAUUGGCAUACAGAAAAAAAGAACGCGGUAGCGUGACGGCGAUAGCCACCCGGUUGGGCAAACCAGGAUCGACUACUCCUCAAUGGCUCAUCCUGACGGAACGGGGUAAUUUGCCUCAACCGGAACGAGUGGCGUUCCCAAAACCACCGAAAGCUCCAGACGGCAGUUUGAUGUAUGAGAGGGUGCCCAAUAAAGUGCCUGAAGUACCGCCAAUGGAUAAGUUGGCGGCCCAGGCUGGACUGAAUCCUGUUGCCGCGACGCCGAAUUUGAAGAAACGGCCGUACGAGGAGAUGAACGGCAUGGAUAGCUUCUACUCUGAUCUGGAUUGGGAUGAUGGUGUAUCAUUGACGGCGCCGCCAGCCGUAAGACGACUUACCAAGGAACCAGCACCAACUCAACACCUGCCCGCGUCCAUCGGUGUGGCGCCACCUCAUCACAUGAGCCAUUUAACCGCGCAUCCAUCCACCAUUCCGACUGUAGCGCCCAUACCCGGUGUGGUACCCGGAGCAUCGCCUACAGUGGUAUCUCCCCAUCUGCCGCCAUCAAUACCCUCCGUACCUCCUCGGCCCGAGCAGUACCAGAUUCUGAUGGCGGCCGCAGCGGCAGCGGCUGCCGGGGGCGGCGGCACUGCGGGACAGCCGCCGCCUGGCGCCAUCCAGCCCAUGCCUAGACACGUGGCGCAAAUCAACGGCAAGCCUAAGAUAGCGCACGUCACCAGGACGGCAGCUGGCAGGAAACAGGUCAUCAGUUGGAUGGACGCCCCAGACGACGUCUAUUUUAGGGCGACGGAGGGGAAUAAGAAAAUUCGCAAACAAGUAACAUUAGCAGAAUUAAGGAGAGCAGCACGAAAGCCCUGGCGGCAGUUGAAAACCAAAAUGGAUGAACUACAGGUAGUUGUUCUUGACUGACAGUGAAUUCAAGAGAUAAAAUUGUAAAUUAAGUUCGCAAAGUGCUCAUGUGUCUAGGCACAAAUUUUUCGCUGUUGAUUCUGGUAACAUAACCUUUCAAAUUUACAAAAUUAUGCAGGACACGUCCUGGCCUGUGCUAUUUUUUUUAUUGUAAGAUGUUUGAUAUAUUUUGGAAACUUGAGCACCAUUUUCGUUUGUCUUGUGCUACCAACUGCGACCACAGUGAUAGGAGAUAUUGAAGCAUCUAGAUACCAUUGGAGUUUCUGUAUGUUGUUUCUGAAUGUUUCGUCUAAUUAUAUUAGCAAAUUUUCCCGAAAUAAUUGUAAAGUGUGGUUUUAUUGGUGCAAGUUGUUCAAGGAGUUAUUCUUAAGCAUAGCAGUUAAGGGACGUUUUUGUAGAACAGUCUCUGAAAUUAUGCAGGACGCUCUGCGGGAGGCUCCGGAUUGCCUCGCAGCGAGGCAUCCGGUAUCGUUAAUGUGGGUACCGGGGUACGCUGGGAUAAGGGGCAAUGAGACGGCGGACACUCUGGCGAAGACAGGAUCAGCCAGCAAGUCAACACUCUCAGAAAUGAAGAAGUAUCUACAGACAUCUCCGCCAGGCACUGGAACUCAUUGAAGGGCCCAGUGCUAAGGAUGGACGUUUCUGCUUCUCUGGAUAGAGCCAACCUAAGGUUGCUGGUGGGACUGUUGUCUGGCCAUAACACGUUAAGGCGCCACCUGCACGUGAUGGGGGUGGCUGAGGAUCCCUUGUGUGAACUCUGCGUGGUAGAGGAAGAGACCUCAGCGCACGUUUUGUGUCGCUGUGAAGCUAUGAGCUACUAUAGGCAGACUAUACUGGGGUCCAUUACUUUGGACCCUCAGGACGUCAAGGAGCUGGGACUCAAGGCGAUUCUCAACUUCGCUAUAAGGGCGAGGCUUAUGAUCUAAGGAAUGUAGAGGUGCAUAAGGGCCCGCUUAAGCGGCCUAUGCACUGGCUCCUUAUGGUGGCCGGAAUGCCUCUAAUUUCAAGAUUCAUUCAUUCAAGGGGGUAUUCAAAACAUGGACGCAUAAACUGGGUACACCAAUUUUUGUGGGAAAACUUUUUAUUUGACAACAAAGAAUGAAUCCUAAAAAACACGUUUUCUCAUUCUUUGUUGUCGAAUAAAAAGUUUUCCCUCAAAAAUUGAUGUACCCAUUUUAUGCGUAUAUGUUUUGAAUACCCCCUUGAACAACUUGCAGCAAUAAAACCACUUUACAAUUAUUUCGAAACCCAAGGGUAUUUUCGUCUAAUAUGAUUUGACUAGUUCUCAAAACCGUCACAAGGUGGAUCAUAAGUUCCGUAGUUUAUUGUCUGUUAAAGACGUAUUUUUUCUCACUGUUAGCAUCAAGGUGAUUCAAGGGCAGAAUAUAAUUCCCCUGCAAGAGUUGUCUAAAAUGCAGGUUAUGUUGCAAGAAGCGCACCUUUUUAAUCAUCUAUAGCAAUAUUGUGAAUCAUUGCCGGUGAUGAAAUGACAACACUGUAAUAUAUCUUUGUCACCUAAUGUUUGUUAUAAUUAAAUUUAUUUAUUUAUUGUAUCAUGAAAAAUGCGGUACAGUUUUUUGUUGAAGAUGUAGAUUUUUGUUUACUAGUUAUUGAGUUAUAAGGUUGGUAUAAGCGAUUUCUUACAUGGCGCAUCGUAUUCAAGAAAUCACUAUUAACCUUUUGUACUAGAAAUCUACGAGAGGCGAUGGCGUAUACACAAAAUAUUAUUUACAUUUUGACUAUGCUUGUUUUUCAGUUGUAGCAAAAUGUCUACAUAUUUGUCUGAUAUGAAGCAUGAAAUUUACUAAGCAUUGACAGUUUCAUCUUGAAUUCGAACUGUCAAUCAUACAUGCCAAUGAAUAUCGGAGAUUUGAUGUUUUUAAGGUUUUCAUACUAAUAUGAGAGUGUUUUGAGGGAGGUUUAUGUUGUGAAGUACAAAUUUAGUGAGAACUUCUGCUUGAAAAAGCUGAGUUAUUAAUUCUUCUGCACUGAUAGUAUGGAUUGGGUGAAAGAAUUUCAAUCAGGCACAGUUCAAAUUUCACAUCCGGUAAAAUUUUAUUUUGUCGUAAUUUUGCUGUCCAAUUUUAGGUGAGAGUUGAGAUUCCAAUAAAAUUUUGUUGCAAAUAUAAAUUUUUCUUAAGAGAACAUUGAUAGGAUUUAUGUAUUGGCAUUCAGCGAGAUUUUUACACAAGAUCUUUACUGUGGCAGUGACAAACAUAUUUGAAAAAUUUCAGAACGUAACUAAACCUAACUUUUUGGGGUUAAGUGAACUAAUUUCAAAUCCCAAACUUGUUUUUCGACGUUUUUCAAGUUCCUGAUCGGUUUAGACGCGGUAAAAAAAUAGCUGAUCUCAAAAAUGGUGCCUUCUGGCAUGCCAUACGAGUAUUCAAGUUGCUACUAGUGAUGUUUAGAAUUCGCGUUUGUUGAAGAUUUAUUUAGCAUUAAUGAUAAUGGUACAAUGUCGAUUUUGAAUAAUUAAUCAUUUAUACAUUUUUUGAAUCGAUUUUCUGUUGUUUUACAUUCUUGUCUAUUGAAAGUACAUCACCUUGCAUUUUGGAUAUUCAUAAAGGGAUUUUUACGUUUCAACUUGAACAUUUUUAAAUUCGAACACUGUUAUUAUCGUUGUUCAAUUUAUUGAAUCAAAUACUCCGUUUUGAAAUACAGAUUUGCUAGUUGUGAUAGUAUUACAAUUUUGCAGAUGAAAAUCUUUACUGCCUCUAGUUUCGUAGUUAUGAUAAUGACUAUUUACUUUGGUGGUGGCAAUAGA